AGGUUCUAGUUCUUUUUUCAAAAACUGUCUUCCCUAAAAAUCACCACGUUGGAAGGCUUGCAAAAAGAAAUGGCAUCCAGCUCAGUGAGUCAGGAGGAUGUGGAGAAGGAUUUCCAGCUGCUGAGCAGACGCAGCAAGAUCCGAACAGCAAGGGCCAGGAAUCCCCUUCCUUUUUCACAAAGACCGGUUGAUGAGAUGGAGGCAGAGGACAGAGAAGAGAGUCCCAAACCAGUUGGCAAGACCAAGGAACGCAGAGCAGUCAGAACAGAAAGGCCAAACUUUGUCAACAAAGGCAAACUUCAAAGGGAUAGACGUAAAUUGCGCGAGAAGAGACGCAGCACGGGUGUAGUCCAUUUACAAUCAACAGAGUCAACUGGUGGCAGCACAGGAGAGGAUGAUGGAGAGCAGUCACCUUCCUGGGAUGAGACCAAGAAAAAUACAGUCAUUAACGAAGGCAGCGGAAUAGAUCCUGGUAAAGUCGAUCCGAAAAAUCCUGGGCGUUCCUAUAUUGGGCCAUCGGACUUGGAAGCAGAUGACGAAGACACCCAGGAUGGCGAUUCGCUAAAUCAUUUGAAACUCGACAUCAAUCUGACUGAAUUGAACAUUAAGGAUGACUCGCAGCUGUCAACGUCACACGACAGCACACCCGAAUCCCCACCAAUCGAUUUGGUUGAGCAGGCGUUGCAGAGAGCUAAGCAGGAGAUGAAGCAUCUCAGCACGCAGCUUGGUGAAGCCCGUCGUGAGAUCUCUCUGCUCAAAGCCGAACGGGAUUUUUUGCGGGAGCAAAAUCUGGGUUUGCGGAACAGAGCUCUAGCCGAGAAAAAAUGAAUCUAGGAGAAAAGAAAAAGAGACUUGUUGGUUAAAAAUGUGACCCACUUCAUUUUCACGUAGGUCUCUCCUACCCCUUUCCCUCCUGCAGAUCAUUCAAGUCCCUUUUUGGUAUUACAACUGGUUUACGUUUUUCAUUUUGAAAAUGCUUUACUAAAAAUCGAAGGCAGCUCCUUGUUUUCGCCUCGAAUAUCGCGAAACCUCAACAUUUACGUCCUUUGUCGCCAUUUGAUUUUUUUUCCCCCCUUUCGUAAAAGUUUUACCGUUGCCUUUGGCAAUAUGACCCCUUCCUCAUCAGGCUAUUCCUUUUUUGCUAUUUGUUUCUUUUCUUUUUUUUGUGGCUUCGAUUCAUGUUGUAUCCCCUAAUCAACAAUCCUUUUCAUGUGAUGGAAAUGAAGUUUGAAUAUUUAUUGUUAAACUUGCUGAUGAAUGAUAAAAUUAGAUACAAUAAAAAUCCUGUAUGGAAGGUUAA